GAAAUUUCCGACUUGCUAACUACUCCUGCUAUCAUAAAUACAGACCAUAACUGGCAGGUCCACAGUUUAUGCCACAGAAAAGGGCACAGAGUCACAGACACACGGACGCAGCAAUCCAUCCUUUUGGCAGUCAGAACCUAAUAGGACUUGCAGGCAUCUCAUAACGACGCGAAAUGGACUUCGAUCUGCCACCCACUUUUCCAGCCAGCGGUAUCGCAUGGGAGAGGGUCCUGCCGCCUCUUCUUCCAGGGCUGAACGGGACAUUCGGGUUGUACUCAUUCACGCCGUCGGAGCUGCUCACCCCAGUGACGGAGCACACUGGCUCUGCACAGGUGUGUUGUGACCACAGUGGAUUCACAGUUCAGGUUGAUGUGAAACACUUCAACCCAGAGGAGCUGAUGGUCAAGGUGAUGGGAGACUUUGUGGAGGUCCAAGGGAAACACAAAGAGAAAAAAGAUGGGUCAGGGCUGGUGACGCGUCAGUUCAGCCGCCGCUACAGGAUUCCAGAGGGAGUGGACUCCAUGGCUCUGGAGUCAGCUGUGUCACCUGAAGGCAUCCUCAUCAUAUCUGCCCCUAUGCUUCAGGGGGAGAACUCCAGACACCUGUCCCACUCAGAACCAUGAGCAUACACGCCAUAGGAACAAACACUUCAUAGGAACCAGUGUUGGGGAGUAGUAAACUACAUGUAGUUCAACUAGUAAUUUAACUACAUUUUGCAGUAGCUUAGUGGCAGUUCAGAUCUUGGUAGUAAUUAACUACUUUUUUGCCAUGUGGUGUAGCUAACUACUGGAACUACACACUACAUUUUCUUUCAAAUAGAAAAUAAAAUAUGGGUGAAGUAGGCUUUUCCUUUAUUUUUCAGCAUUACCCCUUUCUAAUUCUCACUUAAAACAGUUUUGUGUUUAAUAUGCUAAAUUACACAUUCUGUUAACAUCUUACUCCAGAGAGAUCUGUUCUUGCAAUUUGUAGUCUAUGACAUUCAGAUUUAAAUAUUAUAAUUUAUCACAAAGUAGUUUUCUAUGUAGUGAACUAUUUUUUCAAAUUAACUUUAGUUAAAGAAAACAAAUGUUUUCUUAAGGGUAACUUGAGUGUAGCUUAACUUCUUCCAGUGUGAAGUAAUUGGUAGCUUGGAAAACUAUAUGUUCACACACACACACACCUUUAAUUACAUGCCAAGGAUCACACAGCUAGGGAACAGCUAGGGAAACACUGAUAGGAACCCACCAUGGAGAGAAAACGUUUAAAAAAGUUCUCAAUGGAACCCAACACACACACACACACACACACAGCUUGGGAAACUGACUGACAAACCAAAUAAGGAUAGUGGCAAAAAUACAGGCACGCUCUCCUGCAACAGACAUAUAAUCAAACACUCACCAAGGAGCUGGUGCCUGCCUGCGCCAAAACACCCGUUAACUACGCCAUCACACCAUUAAGAUUGCACUCUCUGAGAUUUGUACAUAUUAACAGGACAGAUUCCUAAUUUAAAAGCAUCCAUCGUCCUAAAUAAUCCCAUUGAACUCAUCAAUCUUAAUGUUUUAUGGAACCAUUCAUUGUAAAUAUGAUAACACCAUUGAAAAUGUUUAUUUGUAUUGUGUACUUUCUAAUGCCCUCUAAAUCGUGUGUAAAUGUUUUAACACUCAGAGAUUAUCGAGUAUGUUCACAAAACCCAACAGUAAGGUUGUUGUAUAUUUUCUAACUAUUUAUUGUAAAAAGAGAAUUUGUUAACAAAAAUAAAUGCACUAUAUAUUUCUGUACAAAAAUGAAAAUAAAAAAUGCUGUUGAAUUGAA